GAAACAGAAGGACCGCAGAACCAACAUGGCGAUAGGGAGAGCGGGCAGAAAUGCCAGCGUUCUGUCCUCUGUGCUCCUCCAAAUCCUUCUCUGCCUCUCUGCAUUCUAUAGUUUGUUCUACUUCCUCGCCAGCCUCUGCCUGAUCAUCUACAAAAGCCAGGUGCUGAGUUACCCUGAUAGUGAUUUGGCUCUGGAUGUGUGUUUGCUCCUGCUUAUGGCUGCCCUGGAUAUCAUCAGAGUCUACUUGGGAGUGAGAGGUAACCUGCAGGAGAGUGAGAAAUAUGUAGGUGCCAACCUCAUCAUCACAGGAACCACACUGCUGUUUGCAGUUUAUUUCCUGGUGUGGCAGUCAUAUGUGCUGAGAGCUGACGUCAUCGUUAACAGCAUCCUGCUCUGUCUCUAUGGUCUCACUGGAGUUGUUGGUUUUGGAGCCCUCGCUCGCUUCACCAGUGCUUAUUCAUGAGACACUGGCUUUAUACCCUUGUCUACACUUCCUGUAACUUAUGGACUACCGAUUCCAUAAUGUAUGACUGCUCCUCUGCACAUCCUGUGGCUGACCAACCAGCAUCAGUGUGAAGCAAGAUGGAGUGGUCUGAAUUGAUCAAUUGCUAUGCAAUAAACAAUUUUUUGUAAUCAGUGUAGUUAGCUGUAGUUGCUGUAGUGGGCUGGAAAAGCCCACUUUUUUUUUGUGUGUAGUAUUUUUACAAAUGUGGCAAGACAUGAUAGGACUUGGGAAAAGCAGUUUGGAAACAAAAGAUAGAACAGUAAAGAUGAUUUUCAGUGGCUCUAAAUGUUUUUCUCAGAACUCUGAUGUUUUUUUUUUUUUACAAUUUACAAAUGUUUAAAAAAAUUAAGUCAAAUUGCGUGUUUUUUUUUUUUUAUUAAGGUGAAUAAACACACAUCCUCCACAGAAAACAAACUUGUUUUUUUAAACAUAUUGAAAAUGUGUCAUAACAGUUCACCUUUUAGGUUUUUGUUCAACUUUUUAAAUUCACUUCCAGCUUUGUCCCUUUGAAGAAUCUACACACACACACACACACACACACACACACACACACACACACACACACACACACACACACACAUAUAUACAGUGUAGUUACAUAUGUAAUACAGACUUAGUUACAUUGUUUAUCUAAGACUAAAGUUCAUUAAUGGUUGGUUUAUUUUUUCUGCGGCUCACCAGUAGAGGGUGUGUGUUUCUGUGAAUAAAGUGUGUGCACUGAGGAUCUGUCUGCUACGGCCUUCCUGCUGUGUGUAUCACAUUAAUCAGGUCGGGUAAUAAGAGAAUUUGCACCAAGUGAUGUUCAGGGUUAUGACUACACUAACGUCUUUUAAAGGCAAUAGAAACAAACCCUCAUGCAAAUCAUUCUGCUCCUGUUCAGUGCUGCAGUAGUACAGUACUAUAGUACUAUAAAAUGUUAUAGUCUAAUAAUUUUAAAUAUUUCUAAUGACAUACUUACAAAUAUAAGCUUUGUAAAUCAAAGCUUUACACACUAAAGAGAAAGCAGUUUUAACCACACAUUGGCUAUACUUGGGACUUUGGCCCCCCAAAGUAUAUUGACAGCUGUCCACAUAUAUUUUGUUCACUUUUUAGCAAUUUCCAGAAAUGACUGCAGAUCACUCAGUCAAUAAUGUACAUUACAGAAUUACUAGAUAACACACAACAUAUUUCUUUUUAUUUCAAAACAUACAUGCUUUGUUUGUAUACCCAAUUUAGUAGAAAGAGUACUGAAGUGAUUUUGGGUUACUGUAUAUAUUUGAAAAACAAACCUAACCACUUACCUCAAGUAUACUUCAGACCUACAGUAAACAGUGAGAAAGAAUGAUCUCUAAAAAGAUCUCUUAUUCAUGGCUGGUGAAGUUAAUGAUCUGCUGAAGCAUUAAAGCAUAAAUAUCUCCAGUUUCAUUAGUAAAUUGUCAGAGAACUUUCUGUUUGUGUGUGUGUGUGUGUGUGUGUGUGUGUGUGUGUGUGUGUGUGUGUGUGUGUGUGAUGAGCCAGACUGUGAGAACACUGGAGCAUUGGUGUGUCUGUUGAGGUACUGUAUUGAUUCUAAAAUGUAAACAUGUAUAUUUUAAGAUGAAUCAAAGAAAAUAAAAUACAAUUUUGUGGUA